GACACGGCAGUGCACAUGCGCGACGGACGGGACCGAGAGGAGAGAUACCGUGUUCCGUUUCGCGCCUAAACAGUCGAGGCAUGAAGAACUGAGCGCGAUCCGAUUGUUGAUCUCUGAUUAACAUGGAAUCCAGCACGAUGAUGCACAAGAUUGCGAAUGGAACCGCCAGCCGUCCCCUCGCGAAAAUGCCGGCCAAGGAAGUCGCUCGUGGCAAGAUGCACGUCAUCAAACGCAAUGGGCGUAAGGAGGACGUUCACUUCGAUAAGAUCACUUCGAGAAUCGCCAAACAGUGUUAUAGCUUAAACAUGAAUUACGUGGACCCAUCUGCUGUUGCAAUUCAAGUGAUACGUGGUUUGUAUUCUGGAGUAACUACAGUUGAAUUGGACAAUCUUGCUGCUGAAACUGCUGCUACUAUGGCAACUCAACAUCCUGAUUACGCUAUAUUAGCUGCACGAAUUGAUGUAUCUAACUUACACAAGGAGACUAAGAAGAGCUUCAGUGAGGUGAUGCACGAUUUACAUUAUGCCAGGGAUCCUAUCACGAAUGAACCAAAUCCUGUAAUCAGCGAGCACUACUACAAUAUUAUAAAGAGAAAUGCAGAGAGAUUAGAUUCUGCUAUAAUAUAUGACAGAGAUUUCAAUUACAAUUAUAUGGGUUUCAAAACACUGGAGAGAAGCUAUUUGCUCAAAAUCAACGGCAAGAUAGUAGAGAGACCGCAGCACAUGCUGAUGAGAGUGGCUGUUGGCAUUCACGAGGAUGAUAUUAACAAGGUUAUAGAAACGUAUGAUUACUUGUCUGAACGAUAUUUUACGCACGCGUCGCCAACGUUAUUCAACGCCUGUACUAAGAACCAACAGAUGUCCAGCUGUUUCCUUUUAACCCUCAAUGACGAUUCGAUAAAGGGUAUUUACGGCACACUAAAGAAGUGUGCACUUAUUAGCAAAUAUGCCGGUGGAAUAGGAAUCAAUGUGCAUUGCAUCCGUGCAAAGGACACUGAUGAUACGUACGAUACGGAUGCAACCAACGGAUUGAUUUCUGUUCUGAAGUUGUACAACGACAUUGCUAUUUACGUUGAUCAAGGGGGGAACAAAAGACCCGGGGCGUUUGCUGUCUAUUUGGAACCAUGGCAUGCGGAUAUCUUCGAUUUUCUGGAACUCAAGAGAAACAUCGGGGAUGGAAACUUGCGAGCCCGAGAUUUGUUUUACGCGCUGUGGGUGCCAGACCUCUUCAUGGAGCGUGUAUUUGACGAUGAGGUCUGGAGUUUGAUGUGCCCGUACGAAUCCCCUGGCUUGGCUGAUGUGUGGGGAGAUGAAUUCAAUGAAUUAUAUACCAGAUAUGAGAAAGAGGGUCGCUAUAAGAGACAAGUACAAGCCAGAGAUGUGUGGGUCACUAUUCUCAGGUCGCAAGUAGAGACUGGAACGCCUUAUAUGCUCUAUAAAGAUCACUGCAAUCGAAAAUCGAAUCAUCAACAUCUGGGCACGAUCAAAUGCAGCAAUCUGUGCACAGAGAUUGUCGAGUACUCCAGUCCCGAAGAAGUAGCUGUGUGCAAUUUAGCAUCUAUCGCCUUGAACAUGUUCGUGAACACCAACAAAAAGACAUUCGACUUUGAUAAGCUCAAAACGGUCGUAAAGAUCGUCACUCGGAACUUGGACAAAGUUAUCGAUGUCAAUUUCUACCCCAUCCCCGAGACUAAACGGUCCAAUCGAAGACAUAGACCCAUCGGUAUCGGCGUACAAGGUUUGGCGGACGCGUUCCUGUUGAUGCGAUAUCCGUUCGAGAGCAAGGAAGCGAAGGAGCUCAACAUCAAGAUCUUCGAGACGCUUUAUUACGGCGCCUUGGAAGCCAGUUGCGAGUUGGCCGCGGAAAAGGGUACCUAUGAGACGUACGAGGGUAGUCCGGUCAGCAAAGGUAUUCUGCAAUACGACAUGUGGAAUGUUAAGCCGACGGAUUUAUGGGAUUGGGAUGAGUUGAAGACGAAAAUCGCGAAACACGGAGUGAGAAACUCGCUCUUGAUCGCACCGAUGCCAACCGCGUCGACUGCGCAAAUUUUGGGCAACAACGAGUCCAUUGAGGCGUACACCAGCAAUAUCUACGUAAGACGUGUGUUGUCCGGAGAGUUCGUCAUUAUCAAUCCGCAUCUGUUGCGAGAUCUGACAGUCAGAGGUUUGUGGGGCAAAGACAUGCAGAACGAGAUUCUCGCGAACUUUGGAUCUGUCCAAAAUAUUGAACGUAUACCCGAUGAUCUGAAAGAACUCUACAAGACGGUUUGGGAGAUAUCGCAAAAAGUAAUCCUCGAGAUGGCAGCUGAUCGAGGAGCUUUCAUCGAUCAGUCGCAGUCGUUGAACAUCCACAUAGCGGACCCGUCAACUGAGAAACUCACGUCGAUGCACUUCUUCGGCUGGAGAAGCGGCUUGAAGACCGGCAUGUAUUACUUGAGAACGAAGCCGGCUGCAAAUCCGAUACAAUUUACAGUGGACAAGUCGAAGUUACAAAGUCGUGACUCUCUGUCCAGCUCUACGUCCGAUAUCAGCAGUCCUAUUAAGUCUCCCGACAAAGACGCUGACAACAGCGAGAAACGAAAUCUAAUCAAUCAGCAAGCGAAUAAAAACUUGGAGGCGAUGCUCGCUUGUGCACGUGAGAACAAGGAUGCGUGUAUGGCCUGUAGCUCGUAAAUAUCUAUCAUUAUCACCUCUACAUCACUUCAUUCUACAUUAACGUAUGUAAUGGGGUUGAAGGCAAAUACGUACAGUAACAGACAAUAACUUUUAUGUAAUAUACAUUUGUGUAUGUGUGUACGUACAUAAAUGUGUAUGUAUAUCUUUUAUUAUCAGUAAAUUAGCAUCAUUUUAAAACAUAAGGUUAAAAGAUAAGGUUUAAAACAUAAAAGGUUAAAACGAAUUUAUACAUUAUAAAUUUGUGAUAGGAGCCUAAUAAGUAUGUUAAAGCAUAAGUUUGAUCUUCACAGAAAGUUUAAAUCUGCAUCUAAAAUGCGCGGGAGGAGUUAUACAAAUUGUUGAUACAUAUAUUUUACAAGCCUAUCAUAUUGAAUGUUCAAUGCUACACAGCAUUAAGAAUACUGGUGCUAUUUACAAACUAGCCUAGUAUCCACCCAAUAUCUUGACUGUGACUGUAAGAAAUUCCUAAUAGAUUUUCUACUUUUGUAAAUUGUAUAAUUUUGGAAGAUCUUUUCUUCAUGGUUUACUCAUGCAUUGUAUUACAUCGCUAAAAUGUUUUUGAUUAAAAGUGUGCAUACAUUAAUAUAUGUAAA